AUGUCAUCUAUCGAUCAGAGGAAGCCCGUCAACCUCAACCCCGACCACCCCUGUACCGAAGUCAACAACGUUAUCCAGCAUUUAUUCGGUUCACGCCUCGGGAAGAUCUUAGCCCAGGAAUGGCCUGCACAGUCCGGAAAGUGGCAGGGUUUAGUUAUAGUCGAGCCCCCUUCCGAGGCUCCUUUCAACAUCGGCCACGGUUACGGCACCAGCCUACAGGCAGCUAAGGACAGUGCGGCAAAAGACGCCCUCCGAUAUCUCUUAAAACUUUAUCCAGCCAGGCUGGUUGCUCAAGAAAAUAUCCAGGCGAACUGA